AUGCCCAGGGUUAAGAAUCUAGAUGAUUUCCUAGAGCUAUCAACCGACUUGCUUUGCAAUUUCCCUUCAACAACGACUUUGUCAGUAACAUAUACCAAUGUUCUGAAAAAAGCGAAAGCCAAAUCCACCAAGAGCAAAAAGCCUAUAGAAAAAGCUCGUAAACAUAUACCUACAACACAUGCAGUGAAAAUCAAAUUCUUUGAGCCUCAUACUGGUAAAUGUAUCAAAUAUAAAACAAUAAAGCAAAAAGAAUUGAGUCGCAUAUUGAAUAUGUUGGGUCCUCAAGGGAUAAGUAAUAAUAUUGGAUUAGCUAGUUUAAUGGCAAAUUGUAAAUUUGAACCAACAAGUACUGAAGCUGAGCAUACUGCUGCUGGUGAAGAAAGCAGUAAAGUAGCGGAUGACGCAGCUACAGAGGGAGGGGCAACUUCUCUAUCCACCGGCGAUAGCAGCAGCGCAGGACAUGCUCCAACGAGUUUAAAAAAGAAAAACAAAAAGAAAAAGAACAAAAAUUGA